AAACGUCACGAAGCCACCCCUGCUCAAAAUGUUAGUUUCACAACUCUCGAUUUGUCAGGGGUGUAAGCAUUAGUCCAAACAGUUACAAAACGUUUCGUUUUGCAACUAAAACGACCGUUUUUAUUUGACAAAUUCAGCUAGGUCUCUACACGUUUCGUGCCUUUUAAGAAACGUUUAUCAACAGAAUAGUUGUAAUAAAUACACCCUAGGCCUCCUCCAGACUCGCGUUUUGGCGAAUUCUCGAAUACAGUGCUCUUUCUCCAGUCCUUAUUCAAGGGCACGAUACUUCUGAGAUGUCCGCUGGCUCCGAAGAGUCAUUUAUGAAUUUAACCGGACACAUUGUGACACAUUUGGUUUCCCUAACUUUAUGAAGCAGUAUCUAACGUUAUUGAUGUAAUAUACAUUUCAGUCUCGGCAUAUGUGAUUUGAAUAGCAAUCCGGAUUAGUAGGAUAAUCUAUGAAUGACAAUAUGGAUUCUGAUGAAGUUCAACAAACAGAUGGCAGCGCAUUAGAAGAAUCAACAAGUAGUCCUAAUCAAAGGAUGACAAGAUAUCAGAUCCUCACAUUGAUGUCAAUCGCAUCUGUCAACUUCAGCUCAAUGAUUUGUUACUCUAUACUGGGACCAUUCUUCCCCCAAGAGGCUGUGAAAAAAGGAGCCAGUCAGACUGUCAUUGGCCUUAUAUUUGGCUGCUAUGCUCUGUGUAAUCUGAUGGGCUCCUUAGUACUGGGUAAAUAUAUUGUUCAGAUCGGGGCAAAGUUCAUGCUAAUUUCAGGCUUAUUUGUGUCGUCAGUGUGCACCAUUCUCUUUGGCUUACUCGACAAAGUUCCUGACGGAGCUACUUUUAUUAUUCUGUGCUUUAUCAUAAGGUCUGUUGACGCUGUGGGCUUCAGUGCUGCAAUGACCUCUUCUUUUGCAGUUUCAGCAAAAGUUUUCCCAAACAAUAUAGCAACUGUUCUGGGUAGUCUGGAGAUAUUUACAGGGCUGGGUCUUAUACUGGGACCACCAAUAGGUGGAUGGCUGUAUCAGUCGUUUGGAUACGAAGUUCCUUUCAUGGCUCUGGGAUGCUUCCUAUUUCUCAUGGUCCCCUUCAACAUGUACAUCUUACCAAGCUUUGCUGCUGAUCCUAGCAAGGACUCCUUCUUCAGGCUGUUCACGCAUCUGAAGAUAGUCCUCAUAUGCUUUGCCAUAUUCACACUGAGUUCGGGACUCGGCUUUUUAGAUGCGACCUUGUCCAUAUAUGCCAUUGAUACGUUUGACCUGUCUCCAGGUUAUGUGGGUCUUCUCUUGCUUGGUCUGUCGUUGCCUUACUGUCUAGCCUCACCUCUGCUUGGUAUCAUCAGUGACAGGUUUCCUUCCACGAGGCCGUGGUUCAUGGUGCUAGGAGGCUUGUUUACAGCAACUGGCUUCUGGUUCUUAGGUCCUGUCCCCAUUCUGCAGAUAAAGAGGUCAGCAUUUGUUAUUGUCAGUGUGAAUGUACUACUUGUCCUGCUAUUAUUGCUAACUAGAAGCCAAUAUGAUACAAUUUUUGUCUCUAGUCAGCUGUGGCUGGUGGUUUUCAUGCUGGGUAUUAUAGGAUUCUCUCUUAGCAUGACUGCCAUCCCUACCUUCCCUGAAAUACUCGACUGUGCAUAUGAAAAUGGAUUUGAGGAGGGGCUGAGCACUCUUGGACUGGUGUCUGGAUUGUUUGGAGCAGUGUGGUCCUUUGGGAUGUUUUGUGGUCCAACGCUCGGUGGCUUCAUCACACAACAGCUGAGCUUUGAGUGGGCUGCUUCUGUUCAAGGAGGCCUGGACUUUCUAGCCGCUUUUUUUCUUGGUGUAUAUUUUCUCUGUCAAAGAACACGACAAGAAAGGGCUCCUCAAAUCCAGAACGAAAGACCUUCCGAUGAAGCUACCCAUCUUCUGACCUGAACAACGAUCAUCUACCAGCAACAAUAAUUUAUAUUUUCUGCUGUGAGAAACUGGUCAAAUUAAGAUCCUACACCUGUAUAUGUACAUAUGUGCUAAACGUGGAAUGUAACUUGUAUUAAAAUAUACAACCUAA